AUGAGUGCUUACCGUUUCCUUCUCUCUGCCUUUACACUUCUUCUGCCUUUAGCUUCCUCCCCUGCCUCUGCAUACGAUCCUAGCCCUCUCCAGGACUUCUGUGUAGCAAUAAAUGAACCCGGCAAUGGAGGUAUCUUCCCCAAUCCAGUGUUUGUCAACGGGAAGUUCUGCAAGGACCCAAAGCUGGCUGCAGCAAACGAUUUCUCAUUCUCAGGGCUAAACAUCCCUAGAAGCACGGCGAACAGAGUUGGGUCAAAUGUCACUCUACUGAAUGCUGACCAAAUUCCGGGACUCAACACGAUGGGCAUUUCUAUGGCCCGCAUUGAUUAUGCACCAAAUGGUGGCUUAAACCCACCUCACACUCACCCUCGAGCCACUGAGAUUCUGCUUGUCCUUGAGGGAACACUUGCUGUGGGGUUUGUCACUUCUAACCCUGAUAAUCGGCUCAUCACCAAAGUCUUGUACCCUGGAGACGUCUUUGUGUUCCCAAUUGGCCUCAUUCACUUCCAGGUCAACAUUGGCCAGGCUAGUGCAGUUGCUGUUGCAGGUUUGAGCAGCCAGAACCCAGGAGCUAUCACCAUAGCAAACGCUGUGUUCGGAUCUAACCCUCCCAUUAAUCCUGAUGUUCUGGCAAAGGCCUUCCAACUGGACAAGAAUAUAGUCUAUUAUCUCCAGAAACAGUUUGGAGGGAGCGUUGGGCAGGGUCCAUGGGACGACAUGCCCUGA